AUGGCCCCGCCGAAUCUCGCCGCGCGCGGCGCCGCGUGGCUGUGCGUGCUGCUGGUGCUGGCGGCGGCGGCCGCCCCCGCGGCGGAUGCGCUGGGGAUGAACUGGGGCACGCAGGCGACGCACGCGCUGCAGCCCAAGAUCGUCGUGCAGAUGCUCAAGGACAACGGCAUCAAGAAGGUCAAGCUCUUCGACGCCGACCACGGCACGCUCAACGCGCUCGCCGGCACCGACAUCGAGGUCAUGGUCGCCAUCCCCAACGUCCUGCUCGACCUCAUGACCGACUACGACAACGCGCGCGACUGGGUCAGGCACAACGUCUCGCGCUACCACUUCCAAGGCGGCGUCAACAUCAAGUACGUGGCCGUGGGCAACGAGCCGUUCCUGGCCUCAUACAACGGCACGUUCGACAAGGUGACCUUCCCGGCGCUGCGGAACAUCCAGAACGCGCUCAACGACGCCGGCCUCAGCGACGUCAAGGCCACCGUGCCGCUCAACGCCGACGUCUACAACUCCCCCACCAGCAACCCGGUCCCGUCCGCCGGCCGCUUCCGGGCCGACAUCACGGCGCUCAUGACGGAGAUGGUCUCCUUCCUCGCCAAAAACAGCGCGCCAUUCACCGUCAACAUCUACCCCUACCUCUCCCUCUACCUCAGCGACGACUUCCCCGUCGACUUCGCCUUCUUCGAGGGCCAGGCGGCGCCCGUCGUCGACGGCGCCAUCUCCUACACCAACGUCUUCGACGCCAACUUCGACACGCUCGUCUCCGCGCUCAAGGCCGUCGGCCACGGCGACCUGCCCAUCUUCAUCGGGGAGGUCGGCUGGCCCACCGACGGCGACCGGCGCGCCACCAACGCCCUCGCGGAGCGGUUCUACAACGGGCUGCUCAAGCGCCUCGCCGCCAACGCCGGCACGCCGCUCCGGCCCAACCAGUACAUGGAGGUGUACCUCUUCGGCCUCCUCGACGAGGACGUCAAGAGCGUCGCGCCGGGGGCCUUCGAGCGGCACUGGGGCAUCCUGCGCUUCGACGGCCAGCCCAAGUUCCCCAUCGACCUCACCGGCCAGGGGCAGAACACCAUGCUCGUGCCCGCCAAGGGCGUCGACUACCUGCCCAGGACCUGGUGCGUCUACAACGGCAACGCCAAGGACACCAGCAAGCUCGCCGAGAACGUCAACUUCGCCUGCACCUUCGCCGACUGCACCGCGCUCGGGUACGGCUCCACCUGCGCCGGCAUGGACGCCAUCGGCAACGCGUCCUACGCGUUCAACGCUUACUUCCAGGUGCAGAACCAGAGGGACGAGGCCUGCGACUUCCAGGCGCUCGCCGUGCCCACGCAGACCGACCCGUCAACCGCCACCUGCAACUUCACCAUACAGAUCGCCGCCGACUCGUCGACGUCCGCAGCCCACCGGCGGACGCAGUCUGUCCUGAUCGGCGCCCCUGCUCUGUUCGUGCUGGCUCUGCUCCAGCUCUUCUUCGUUUUGCAUUAGGCGUUUCAGAAGUUCAGAGAGUCUUCUUGAUUUACGACACUGGAUCAUUUGUUACUUCAUUUUUUGGGAGGGGGGAUUAGUAAU